UGCCAAUUCGAGAGAGAGAGAGAGAGAGAGACAGAGACAGAGAGCACGACCGCCGCUCACUCCCCACUCGUCUCCGACGAACGACAACAAACUUUAGACUUAUCGCUUAUUGGUGCUCAUACUCUUAUAAAACGACUGCGUCGCUGGACCUGAGCCCUCUCGAGACGGAGGAAGAGGAAGAGAGGGAGAGAAAUGGCGUUUCUCAUCGAAAUUGGUGUAGCAGCGAUCGCGGUGUUUCUGAUUGCGGUGGCGAUGGAAUCGGACGGCCGAGAGCUGCGGCCGUCCGACCACGGCCUCGUGUACCAGGACCAGGCGCCGGCGAGCGCGAAGUCGCCGACGGAAGAAAAGUCGUUCUUCGUCGGGGGAGGAGGAGGAGGAGAGAAUUCGCCGGCAGCGGGCGACGCGGCACAGCCGAAGCCGAAGGCGAUGAACUCGAGCGACGAGUCGUGGUGGAAGGGCGUGGUGGCACGUGACGGUGGGAGGGGUAGGGAUCUCGUGAGGGACGUGCUGCUGGUGGCGAGCUUGCUUUGUGGGAUUGCCGGCGUGGCUCUGUUUGUGGCCUCUGCUUUCGUUUACGUCUUGAGGUACCGAAAGCAUAAAUCUUUACCGUCAGAAGCUCCGUCAUCGUGAGGUAAUAAUUAUAUCAAGAAAUAACUAAUGUUCUUUGGAUUUUUUCCCUUCAAUUUUUUUUUUUCCACUUUUUUUCAUGUAAAUAAAAUUAAGAGGUGAAUCAUAUGUGAUAGAGGAUAUUCCACAUUUUUAUUUACAUUAAAUUUAUCUAAACUUUGAUAAAUAAAGCGGAAUUCAAACUUUA